AUGCAUAUAAAGAAGAUAGUGAUACAGGGGUUUAAAACGUAUAAGAAUCAGACUACAAUAGAUGGCCUUAGUCCAAAUUGUAAUGUUGUCGUUGGAAAAAAUGGUUCUGGUAAAUCAAAUUUUUUUGCAGCAAUUAGAUUUGUAUUAAGUGAUGCUUAUACUCACAUGACGAGAGAAGAAAGACAAGGAUUAUUACAUGACGGUUCAGGAACCAUAAUGUCUGCAUAUGUUGAAAUUAUAUUUGAUAAUUCCGAUGGUAGAUUCCCUAUAUCUAAUAGUGAAAUUUCAAUAAGAAGAACAAUUGGAUUAAAAAAAGAUGAUUAUUCAUUAGAUGGUAAAUCUGCAACAAGAUCAGAUAUAAUGAAUCUUUUAGAAAGUGCAGGUUUUUCCAAAUCUAAUCCAUAUUAUAUAGUACCACAAGGUCGAAUAACAAGUUUAACAAAUUCAAAGGAUCAUGAAAGAUUAACAUUGUUAAAAGAAGUUAGUGGAGCAACAGUAUUUGAAAAUAAAUUAAAAGAAUCAAUGAAAGAAAUGAAUCAAUCAAAUAUAAAAAGACAAAGAAUCGAUGAAGCUUUAAAUAGUAUUGAAGAAAAAAUAAGUGAUUUACAAAUUGAAAGUGAUGAUUUAAAAGAAUUUCAAACUUUGGAAAAACAAAAGAAAAUUUAUGAAUAUAAUAUAUUUGAUAGAGAAUUUAAUGAAUUAAAUGAAUCAAUAGAAGAAAUUGAACAAAAUCAUCAGAUAAUCCUAAAGGAAUCAACAAAAGAUUUAAAAGAAAUGGAAGAAAGAGAAAAAUUAUGUACUGAAUUACAAAAUACAAUGAAUGAAUUGGAUGUAAAUUUAAAUAUUAUAAAAAUUGAAAUGGAACAAUCUAACUUAGAUUGUAAUCAAUUAUUAAACUCCAUUGCAGAAAAAGAAACUCAUUUAACUGAACUACGAGAUAGUUUAUCCUCGUCAGAUGAAAGAUUCAAUGAAAUUAAUACUCAACUUAUUGAAAACAAAUCACAACUUAAUAAAAUCACAGAGGAACUAAAAAAAAAUAAACCACAUUUGGAAAAUUUACAAUCACAAGAAUCGGAAUUAAAACAAAAACUACAUGAUAUACAAACCAAGCAAAGAGCAUUAUAUUCAAAACAAUCAAGAUUUCAAAAACAUGGUUCAAAAGCUGCAAGAGACUCAUGGUUAUCAGGGGAAAUUUCAAAUUUUAAAGAUCAAUCAAAAGAAAAAGAACAAGACAUACAACAGCAUCAAAGUGAAUUAAGAACUAAACAAAUGUCACAAGAAGCAAUAAAUGAAAGAAUUCAAGAAAUUAACGACACCUUAAAUGAUAAUGAGACAAUGACUCAAGUAGAAGAACUAAAAACAAAUAUUCAAAACUUAAAAAUUAGAAUUAAUCAUUGUGUUGAUCAAAGGAAAACAAUGUGGAGAGAUGAAGUUAGACUAAAAAGUGUAAAUGAUUCUUUAACUAAUGAUUUAAAUAAUGCCUCGAGUUUAGUUGCUAAAACCAUGGAUCGAUCACAAUCUCAAGGUAUUGCGGCUGUUAAAGCUAUUACAAAAAGAUUGAAAUUAGAAGAUCAUGUCUAUGGAACAGUUGCUGAAUUAUUCAAUGUUAAUGAAAAAUACAAAAUUGCAGCAGAAGUUAUUGCUGGUAACUCAUUAUUUCAUGUUGUUGUUGAUACUGAUGCAACAGCUGCUACUUUAAUUGAAGAACUAACAAGAACAAAGCAAGGUAGAGUUACUUUUAUACCUUUAAAUAGAAUCAAUGUUGUUGUUACUGAAUAUCCAGAUCCACAAGAAAAUCAAUGUUUACCAUUAAUUUCAAAAUUAAAAUAUAAUCAUGAGAAAGUUGGUAAAGCAAUGGAUCAAGUAUUUGGUAAGGCUCUAGUUGUAAAAGAGUUACAAAGAGGUUCAGAACUUUCAAGAAAAUUCAAAUUGACUUGUAUAACUUUAGAUGGUGAUAGAGUUGAUGUUAAAGGUAUUUUAUCUGGUGGUUAUAGAGACUUCAAAACGUCAAGAAUUGAUGCAAUGAAGUUACAAACUAAAAAAAGAAAUGAACUAGCCAAAACAGAAACAGAAAUGAAUCAAAUAACUCAAGAUAUAAAUGAAAUAAACCAAGAAAUGACAAAAUUGAAUAAUGACUUACAAUUAAGUAUAAGAGAUUUGGAUAAAUUAACAAGAGUUAAAGAACCUUUAGAAAUCGAGUUAUCACAAUUAAUAGCUAAGAAAUUUAAUAUUGAUCAAGAUAUUUUUGCGUUAACUUCAAAUAUUAAUAUAUUAGAAUCAGCAAGAAAUUCAUUACUUACAAAUAUCAAGCAAUCUGAAAAUGAAUUAAAUUCUGAUUUUACUCAAGUUUUGAAUGAACAAGAAUUAAUUUUAUUAGAACAAUAUAGUAAAGAUAUUUCAGCAAUUGAAAAUGAAAUGGAUGAAUUAGUAACUUCAUUAUUAGAUUGGGAUACAAGAAUCAGUGAUUUAGAAUAUGAUUUAACCAAGUCAAAUCAAACUAUCAAAUUAUUAGAUCAAGAAAAAAAAUCAUUAGGUGAAAGAUCAACAUUGCAUUCAAACAUCAAUGAAUUAUCACAAGAACUAGAAUCAUUACAAAUUCAAUUAGAUACAUUGCAAUCAAGAAAUGAUGAAACAACAGCUAAUCAAAAAAGAAUAAUUGAAGAAAUUAACGAAAAUGAAAAAGCAUUAACGAAAGCAAACGAAUUACAACUUAAAACAAUGGAAAAUUUUGAAAAAAUUAAUAAAAAAUCAACUAAAUUAUUAAAUUUAAAACUGAUAAAACAACAAACUCGUGAAGAAAUAACCAACAAAAUAAAAAAUUUGGGGAUGUUACCAGAAGAAGCAUUCCAAACAGAUAAAUUUUCAAAUACUUCAACAAAUCAACUACUCAAAAAAUUAAACGAAAUAAAUUCAGAUUUAACAAAGUAUUCUCAUAUAAAUAAAAGAGCCAUAGAACAAUUCAAUCAAUUCAAUAAACAAAAGGAUGAGUUAAUCAAAAGAAAAAUGGAAUUAGAUGAAUCAAACUUAUCAAUUGAAAAUCUUAUUAAAUUAUUACAAAAACAGAAAAAACAAACAAUAAUGAAUAGUUUUAAAACAAUUUCAAAAUCUUUUAAUGAGAUUUUUGAAAAAUUAGUACCUCAAGGAACUGGUAAUUUAAUCUUAAUAAAGAAAAAGAAUUUAUCUGAAAGUCAACAACCUACACAAACUCAAGAAGAUGAAGAAGAAGAACCAGAACAACAACAAACUGCAGAUGCUGAUAUAAAUUCUGACUCAGAUUCAGAAGAAGAUGAUGAUACAAUAGAUAAUUACACAGGUGUUUCAAUAUCAGUAUCUUUCAAUUCAAAAUAUGAUGAACAGCAAAAAAUUGAACAAUUAUCAGGUGGUCAAAAAUCAUUAUGUGCAAUAACUUUAAUUUUUGCAAUUCAACAAUAUGAUCCUGCUCCAUUUUAUUUAUUUGAUGAAAUUGAUAGUAAUUUAGAUACUCAAUAUAGAACAUCAGUUGCUUCAUUGAUUAACUCAUUAAGUGGUGGUAAUAAUAUUGGUGAAGAAGAAGAAGAAGGAGAGGUUAAUGCCAAAAAACCACAAUUUAUAUGUACCACUUUUAGACCAGAAUUAAUUUCUUUAGCAGGUAAUAAAUUUUAUGGUGUUGUAUUUGCCAAUAAAGUUAGUAAUAUAAUUGAAAUUGAUAAAAAUGAAGCAAUGAACUUUGUUGAAGGUCAAACUAGGAUAUAG